AACACUUUAGAUUCUUUGAGUCUGUCACUAUAAAGCACCCAUUUUUAUUGAGACUGCAUGAAAGGAGCUUCUGCUUGGCGAAAAGUAGUCCACAAAGCUCACCAGACUCCCUACACGUAUAGCAUAUCUCUACCGCAAAUCUCGAAAUUCGGGUUUCCGAUCCAACUCUAGGUGAGUAAAUGGAAGGUGAUCCUCGAGAGGCGCUGGUGAAGGUAGUAGAGCCUGUUGAAGAUGGGGGAAAUGGGGAGAAUUUGAAGACGAAGCUAUGGGUGGAGAACAAGAAGAUGUGGGUAGUGGCGGCCCCCGCCAUUUUCACUCGAUUUUCGACGUUUGGAAUAAAUGUCAUCAGCCAAGCUUUUGUAGGCCACAUCGGUGCUACUGAGCUUGCUGCCUAUGCUCUGGUUUUUACUCUCCUUACUCGAUUUGCCAAUGGAUUACUGUUGGGGGCAGCCAACGGAUUGGAAACUUUAUGCGGGCAAGCUUAUGGCGCGAGGCAGUACCACAUGCUCGGGAUAUAUCUCCAAAGAUCGUGGAUUGUUUUGUUUGUCAUGACGACUGCACUAGUGCCGAUCUAUAUUUUUGCAACCCCUAUCUUGAUAGCCCUAGGACAGGACGAAGUCAUUGCAAAAGAGGCGGGGAAGAUCGCCCUCUGGUUCAUCCCUGUCAUAUACUCCUUCAUCCUGUCAUUUACCUGCCAAAUGUACUUACAAGCACAGAGCAAGAACGUGAUAAUAACGUAUUUGGCUGUGCUAUCCUUAACAAUCCACAUAUUCCUAUCAUGGCUUUUAGUUGUGAAGCUUGGUUAUGGUGUACCUGGUGCAAUGAUGUCCACUAUCUUGGCGUACUGGAUUCCGAAUAUCGGCCAGCUAAUUUUUGUCACUUCGGGAGGAUGCACUGAAACGUGGCAUGGCUUUUCGACCUUAGCCUUCAAAGAUCUUUGGCCAGUGAUCAAAUUUUCCAUGUCAUCUGGUGCCAUGCUCUGUCUCGAGCUCUGGUACAACGCCAUACUAAUCCUUUUGACGGGCAAUUUGAAGAAUGCUAAGGUUGCAGUUAAUGCUCUUUCGAUCUGUCUUAACAUCAAUGGUUGGGAAAUGAUGAUAUCUCUUGGUUUCUUGGCUGCAGCAAGCGUACGCGUCUCAAACGAGCUUGGAAAGGGGGACACCAAGGCUGCAAAGUUCAGUAUUGUGAAUAUAGUCAUAACUUCAUUGACCAUAGGGCUCGUGCUGUUUGUAUUUUUCCUAUUCUUUCGUGAACGUCUAGCUUACAUAUUCACGAAAGAUGAAGAUGUGGCUGCUGAAGUUGCUCAUUUGUCGCCCCUGCUGGCAUUCUCCAUUCUCAUGAAUAGCGUCCAACCAGUUCUUUCCGGUGUGGCGGUUGGGGCAGGGUGGCAGAGCAUCGUGGUAUACGUUAACCUAGGAUGCUAUUACCUGAUAGGAAUCCCUGUCGGGGUCGUGCUAGGCUACGUCAUCAAGCUAGAAGUCAAGGGAGUGUGGAUUGGAAUGUUAAUGGGCACCUUUAUUCAAACUGUAAUACUAAUGAUCAUAACUAAGAGAACAGAUUGGGAGAAGCAGGUCUCCGCUGCACGAAAGAGACUCAACCGGUGGUUCGUGGACGAUCAACCCCAUGACCGGUCACCGGGUUCCAGCUGAUUCCGGUCAUGUAUCUCAUUUGCCCUAGCCCCACUUAAUUUAUGUUUGUUACAUCAACUGUCACUACAUUCCCCCGUUCCUUUUUUUGUCCCUUCAUUGCUUGUCGGGGAAGUAGCUGGGUUUUGGCGAGGUUCCAUCAAUUUGCAUCAUCUUCUUUAAUGACAUUCAACUAUUUUUGUGUGGUUUACUUUUACUCAGCCCCUCUACAAUAAAUUAGUAAUGAAUUGAUGGGCUUCUGA